AUGAUACCUGAAAAAUUUGCAGUUAAAUAUCGUAAGAAUGCAUCGGAAUUGGGGUACUUCCAGCAGUACCAGAAACGAGUUCAAGCCCUAAUAGGAGCUGACCAAACCGAGCGACUUGUCAGUGAAGCACUUGUCCUCAUCACUGUUGGUGGAAAUGAUUUUGGAAACAAUUACUACUUGGUGCCCUUUUCUGCAAGGUCUCGCCAGUACAGUUUGCUAGAUUAUGUCAAAUAUCUUAUUUCAGAGUAUAGAAAACUCUUAAUGAAGCUGUACCAGCUAGGACCGCGUAGAGUUCUUGGAACAGGUACUGGACCCCUGGGUGGCAUGCCAGCAGAAUUAGCAAUGCCAGGCACUGAUGGUGGAUGCUCAGCUGAAUUACAACGAGCUGCAUCUUUGUGCAAUCCGCAACUUGUUGAAAUGCUAAAUGAGUUUAACGGAAAAAUUGGCAGAGAUGUGAUUAUCGGAGUAAACACUCAACAAAUGAACUUGGAUUUUGUCAAUGAUCCUGAAGCAUGUGGUGUAUGCUUUCAAGUCGCUUAAGCAGAAUAUCUAUGACACAAAGUUCCCACCAGAUUAUUCAAAAUGUUAAAUUUUUGUCUUGCUAGUAUGAGAUAUCAGUAACAAAUGGUUCAUAGUUCGAGUUCAUGUUUUUCAUUUAAAAGCAAGUAAUGUAUUAACCUGAAUUUUAUGGUUCGGCAGGAUUUACCACAUCAAAGAUAGCAUGUUGUGGGCAAGGACCAUAUAAUGGCAUUGGACUACGCACACCUUUGUCAAUCUUAUGCCCUGACCGCUAUCUGUAUGCAUUUUGGCAUCCAUUCCAUCCAUCAGAAAAGGCAAACAGAUUUGUUGUGCAACAGAUUAUGAUAGGCUCCACUCAGUACAUGAACCCCAUGAAUUUGAGCAGCAUCAUGGCCUUGGAUGCCGUGACCUGAUGAUAUAUAUCAUCUUGGCAAUCAUUCAUUUCUUUCAUCCGAUUUUACGGUGUGACUUGUCUCAUAUCCUCCUUUGAUCCUUAGGCAUGGGAAGCCUGGGUUGUCUUUUAAUCUCAUGGAAAUUCUGAGUCCUGCUGUGGAAAUCUUCAUUUUAUUAUUUGUGAAUAAAGCGGUGGAAAAAAAAUUUCUCCGGUGAACAGUUGAGGUUGAGGGAACUUUACAUGCGUUAUUAGAUUAAAUUGUUAAAGUAAAUGAUAGACCUAAUA